GAUCUCUAGUGUUCACUCGAAGACUUUAUAGCGCGGAUCAUGAACGACAGUUUGCUGAUUGAAGUUUUUGCCCGUGUUUUAUUCAGCUUCACACGCGGCGUGAAAGAGCAUUACGACCCUGAUGAGCCUGAAGUGGAGAUCUUAGGAUAUAACGAUAGCCUAAGCUGUGAGGGUCGAGAGUGGAACUGUCGGCCCGUUGAUAAACCUAUUUAUCGGGAAUAUUCACCGCCAUCGGACGACGAAUAUUAUCUCUCGUUAGUUGGUAAUUCUCGAGUUAGAUAUCGGGUCACCAAUACGAUCUCACCAGAUGAAGAUGGAGACGAACAGCAAAAUGAAGAUGACGAAAUGGCUUGGAAGCGAUUCAGACCAUCCGUUCUUCGUACAGUUUGUCAAUCAAUGUACAUCGGCACAUCAAUUUCACUUCUAUCCGCUGUCAUCCUCGGCCUUUUUUACAUCAUGAUCGGUUACGUCUCUUACGAAACGACACGCAACUGCCAAUUCCACACAAAAGAGACAAUCCCAGUCAAAAUGCAGUGGAUCAGAACAUUGUCUGACGUCAUAGGUGUUGCCUUUCUUUACAUGUGGUUCUUUGUAGAAAUGGUUUUUCUUUUUCGACCGCAUCAGUUAAAGGGCCUGAAAAGAAAACUCGUUCUUGUUGCUUUUGUCUUUUUCUGUGCGGAUACAGUGUAUCGUAUUGUCCUUCAAGUCUUUGGAAUAUAUCAUUCCCAGCUUUCUGUGAUUCAGAAGAUUCCUCUCGAAGUUCUAUUUAUAAUUAGCAUAUGUUGCCAAGUUUAUCCUCUGACAAAUCACUUCCGGAACCUGUCGAGCAGAGCGAGUUUAUUUAUAAAAUUGACAACACCGAUUUGCUUCCCUUUUUUUAUUGUCAUCUCAACAGCAUCGUAUAUUUAUCCAUUGUAUAACGAACAAACUGAACAUGGAAAACUACUUAUUGCACUCUUCUCACCUCUCUUUCCAGUUAUCUUUAAGGUAGUCUUACGACUUUGCACUCAACGCUUGAAGAAAAUUACUCAUCCAGGAUACUCGUACGUCUUGUUAGUGCCGUUGUAUUUUAUAUCAGCGAUCAUGUUUCGAGUAAUGCAGGCACAACUUGAAAACCUCAAAUUCAUCGCUGUUCUUGGAAUAAUCCACGGCGUAGUAGAAGUCCUGGAACGAAGCACCAUGGUCUUCAUUGAUCAUAUUUGUCAUGUGAUCUUAAAAGGAAAAUCUGCUCCUUGGGGAAGUUUUCGCACUCCUCGCCGUGAGAGACUAAUGGCUGACAUUGCCAUUUUAAGCAUGUUAUGUGAAUCAACUGCUAUUGUGUCUGUUAAUGGAUUGUUGUACUUAUACCAAUCUAUUUACUUCCAAAACAUUUCCUUGUUGAAGCUGCUUCAGGAACUUGCAAUUCGUAUCUCAGUUCCGCUGAUUAUUGAAUGGUUUUUCACUGGCGUAUCCUUGGCCAUCGAGACUCGCUUUCAGAAUAUAGCAGUUAUGACCAUUUGGCGCAAAAGAUGGAAAAGACACAUAUUGGUUGCGAUAACUAACCUGGUUCCCUUAGCUAUUUGGACGACAGCAAAUUUCUGGGAAUUUGUGGAUGGGCGCUUUGAUGAGUCUAAAGAUCACCCUUGCAAAAUGCCCUUCACAUAGAGAACUUUUAAAAACUAAAUGCCGGCAGUCUUUCAGCCUUCCUUGUGUCAAUAGACUUGUGGUGGUGCUUGAGAUUGAUGACAUGUUACACUUACCUGUUAUUAUUAUCCAACUGCACAAAGUAGAGUUCAAAUAUCCUGCGGUAUUUUUCGGUUAUUUGGACAGUUAGUUAUUCGGUACUGUAAAAAAACCAGUCGGUUGCGUGCGCUACGCUUUGCUUUUCCUGCCUUAUGAGAAAUGAGCAGAAAGACCUUGCAGAAAAAAAAGCAGUGGGAUAAAAAAUAACUUGUUGGAAGUUUUGGUGUAUAAGAUCGCUGAGCAUUUUUACUCGUUGUACUUUUGUUUUAUUCGUCAGCGAUACUACACACCAAAACUUCUAUUAAGAUAAGCACGAGCAAAUUUUUAAAAGACAACAAAAUUUACAAUUUACUUAUUACAUCAAAUUGCAAAUGAAAUCAUGUUAUUUCUUGUUAAUAAUUUACGAGAAAAAACAUCACAGAAAGUCAAGACACACGGAAUUUUCAAAGCGUGCGGACGCUCUUUGUAAUGUGCACUCGUUUUAUAAGGAUCUUACCAUGAAGCUUUCAAUAACAUCACCUUUCUUGUCGGUUUAAAAAAAUGCCUCAUAUCUCCUUUAAUAUGGACAUACCGUGUUGAGGUACGUUUAUAAUUCUAAACUUUUCAAGACAGUGUAUUUGGACUGUACUGUUUCUAAGUGAAAUAAUUUACUGUCCAGCAGUCACGCACUCAAUAAGAUGAUUGGUAGAUUGGAAAAAGGUUUUUUAAUAUUGUGGAAAUCAAGAAGUGCCAAGGAAAAGUGUCUUCCCUGGCAGAUUGUUUCAAAAACUGUAUAAUAAAACAAUUACUUAAUCAAUUUUUUACAUAAUAUUAAGGACGUGAAAAUGUUUGGCUCUCGGUUCUGAUCUCGAGUCAAAUAUUUCCUUGUCUGGCUCUUCCACUCAGUCAUUAAAUAAAUAACAUUGGAAGAUGAGACAUUAUAGUCAAUAUUGCAACCUCGUUUCUUAACCCUCACCCCACCCCUCAGGAUGGAGAAUGGGACGCUUCAGUUGCGCCCCAGCAGUUGUACCUAAAGGGCACAAGUUUACCAACACUGCAUCUAAUUAAGUCUGGCGAAUAGUUUAAAACUUCAGAAUAGAUUGGUUUAAGUCUAAUUUUAGCGGAAUAUUGAAAGUCACUAUUACUGAUAGUGAAUCGUAGUAAAAAUUAUUUUCAAUCUUAAAACUCUGAAGGGUUGAAUUCGUGCUUGAGUGCAUCAGAAAUUAUACUCAAGUGUGGAGUUCAGUGGAUUGAUUUCAAGAGUCCCGUGAGAGUUAACUGAACUUACUUUGCAAAAACUCGUUCUGUAACUAUGGAAUUCUAUACUCAACAAAAUUAAAACAACUAAGAACUGAUUUUUAUAUAUGAUCCACCUCAGGUGGUAAACAGACAUUAUGUUUCACUCAUUUUUGUGCAAAGUUUGUUCUUGUCAUUUUGUAGUUUCAUUUCAUUAACCGUAAUGAAGCAGAUUCUAUUUGUCAGCUAAGGGUUAGACAUACAGUUUUGUAGGUAUUGUUGUAAGAGUGUAGUUUUUUUGCUGAUGAUUUUUUUUUGUUGUUAAAUAUUAGAUAUCGAGGAUUUCUGU